AUGGGCAAUUCAUCCUCUUCUUCACCUUCUGAAGAAAAAGCAAAGAUUUUGGCCUCAAAUAUAAACAAUUGUAACAAUCCAGAGACUAAGUGGAUAAGCUUCCUGCCUCAAGAAAACCGUACUGCCUUGGAAUCAGCCCUGGAGAAGGGGAGACUUGAUGAAGCAUUAUUUAUCAUCGAUAAGAUCAUUGAAGACAUGGAUAAUGCCCUCCUCAACAUUGCAUUGACAGGGCGGUCAGGUGCAGGAAAAUCCACUUUCAUCAAUGCUUUCCGGGGUGUUUGGCAUGAAGAUAAGGGUGCUGCUACCACUGGGGUCUUGGAGACAACCACAGACGUUAAUUAUUAUGAAUACCCAGAGCUUUCUAACGUAAAGCUCUGGGACCUGCCAAGCAUUGGGACCUAUGAUUUCCAGUCAGAGAGUUAUCUAGAAAAAGUGAACUUCAGUUGCUAUGAUUUCUUCCUCAUCAUUUCCUCAUCGAGAUUUCGAGUCAAUGAUGUGAAGCUUGCCAAGGAGAUCAGACAGAUGGGGAAGAAGUUUUACUUUGUUAGAACCAAAGUGGACAUUGAUUUGUAUAAUGAAAGGAGGUCAAAGCCCAAGACCUUCAAGAAGGAGAACGUUUUGCAGAGGAUACAAAAAAACUGCCUACAACGUCUUCAGGACAUAGGGAUUGCAGAGCCAGAAGUCUAUUUGAUUUCUAGCUUUGAAUUAGAAUCCUAUGAUUUCCCUAAACUGAGGUAUGAUUUGGUGGAAGACUUUGAAAAUUACAAAAUCGAUUUCAUUUUUCGGUCCCUUCCCAAUAUUUUGGAGAAUAUAAUUGACCAAAAGAAAGCUAAUAUUCAGGCAAAGAUCUGGGAGGAAGCCUUGAAGACUGGUGUAUGGGCCUUUGUGCCUUUUGUGGGUAUCUUUAAAGAAGGUAACUUUGCUCAAUUAGAGGAGCUUUUGACUGAUUAUCAGAGAAAAUUUGGAGUAGAUGAUGCAUCUCUCCUUAAGAUCUCCCAGGCAUCUAACAAGCCUUUGGAAGAGAUAAAGCUACUUAUCAAGUCUACAGAACUGCUGAAAAUUAAGGAAGAUGAACACAUCUUUAUCAAAAUUUGGAGGUUUGCUGAGACAUUCAACUCAGUGAAUGUAGAUCUAAUUGCCACUGGCCACUACUUCAGAAUGAGUUACUACACACACUUGUAUUUCCUUGAAAAAGUGGCCAAAGAUGCUAAAACUCUCCUCCAGAAACUAUGGGAAAUCUCUCUUCAAAGAACACUGGACAAAUGUUGUCCUUCUAGCCUUUGGCAGACCUGUCCAGGCCCAAUUCCCCUCCAUACCUAUUAA